ACCCCCCCCUCCCCCCCCCCCCCCCAUUUUUUUCAAAAUCACCGAUUUUUAUCUUUCAACCCAGAAAUCCAAUUAAUACUAACGAAAAAACCCACCAUUUAAAAUUCCAUUUCUCCCUUAAAAAAAAAAGAAAAAAUCACUCAUUCACUUCCCCUGUUCUAGUCGAUUUUCCGGCGAGAUGAAUCCGCCGCCGCAACCACCGGCUAAGAGGGCGAGGAGAGAGAAUCAGAUCCAGAUCCAAGGCCCACGGCCCAGCCCACUUAAAAUCAACAACAAUUCUCAGAAAAUCAAGAAACCUCCGAUUGUACCCAAACCCACUUCUCAAGCUCCAGACCCGAUUACCGGAAACCAACCCGUAAUUAUCUACUCAGUUUCCCCAAAACCCAUCUUCGUAGAAGCUUCGAAUUUCCGGUCAAUAGUCCAACAUCUCACCGGACGAGAAUCAACGGCGUCGGAAACCACUAUUCCCGGCGAAGUCCCUGUUUCUCCGGCGGCGAGAUUUGCAGCGAUUGAGAGAAGUAGUCCGAGUGAGAGGGAGAGGAGAGAGAGAAGAAGUAGUGAAAAUGAUAAUGAUAUGAUGAUGAUGAUGAUGGGAGGAGAGAGAAAUGAUGGGGUUGAAACAUUGGAUAUGAGUCAAUUUCCGGGGAUUUUAUCGCCGGCGCCGGCGAAUUUGCCGGGGAUUUCGGCGGCGAUGUUUUCGCCGAUUAAUACAGUGGAGAAUCAAGCAUGGUUUGGAAUGAAUGAAUUGUUGAUGAGUCCAUUUAUGAGUAAUAUGAGCUUCAUGCCAAGUCCUUCAGCUCUGUUUUUGUCAAAUGCUCCUAUUGUUUCUCCUUCUCCUUCUUCCUUUGGUGAGCUCUUCAACAACUUUGACUUUUAAAUUUUAGUGUAACUUUUUUUUUUUUUUGGUAGGUUUAUUAUUUUAUUGGGUGUAAUUUGAAUGGUGUACAUUAGUUGUAGACUUGGAAAAUUGGAAGUAAGUCUUUGUGGUAGUAUUAGUACAAAUGUAGUCGACUGAUCGAGGACAAUGAUAUAAACAGGAUUUUGUUGUGGUAGAUAAAAAUAAAAUGGGUUUCAAGAAGACUUUGCUGGUUAGGGAAUAGGGAGUAUAACUGUAUAAGUUAGUUGGAAAUUGGCAUCCACAACUCCACAAGCUUUGUUUUGUUAAAGAAGGAGAAAAUAAGUUGGGCCAAAAUUUUCCCAUUUUUCUUUUUAAUGAAUAUUUAACUUAUAUUGGGAGGAGAAAUUAGAAGGGUUUGUACAUUGUAUUAAUUUGUAUUAUUGCUAAUUUGAUUUGAUUCAAGAUUAUAUAUUUUAAGUGUAUA